AUGCUUGCGCCACCGAUAAACAUCAAAAAGUGGAUUGAAGAAAACUCACACUUGCUCCAACCUCCAGUGAAUAACUUCUGUCUUCAUAGAGGAGGAUUCACAGUAAUGAUCGUGGGCGGUCCUAAUGAAAGAACAGAUUAUCACGUUAACCAAACGCCUGAAUACUUCCAUCAGUUGAAGGGACAUAUGUGUCUCAAGGUUGUAGAUGAUGGCGAAUUUAAGGACAUUAUCAUCAAUGAAGGAGACUCGUUUCUCUUACCGGGAAAUGUACCCCACAAUCCAGUGAGAUUUGCUGACACCAUUGGUCUUGUGGUUGAGCAAGAUCGCCCCAAAGAUGUUAAUGACAAGAUCAGGUGGUACUGCAGAAAUUGUAGAGACAAGUUUCACGAGGUGGAAUUCUACUGCUACGACUUGGGAACCCAGGUCAAGGAUGCCAUUGUGGCUUUUGACCAAGACAUGGACGCCCGCACGUGUAAGAAAUGUGGAACAUUGAAUUACUCGAAGCCCCAAAGCGUCUAG